AUGGGCGAUGGUCUGGGACUGAAGAAAUCUCCUUCCUUCGGCCUUGGUGGGUUUGUGGAACAGUCACCAUUUGUGGCUCUGGGCAGCAUCAUUUCUUGGACUCCCUCAAGCGUCAUCUAUCUCAAUUGCUCUCAAUCUGAAAUCAUCAAGAACGUUGAAGCCUCUCAGUCUCACCUCCACAACCGAUUCAAGCCCUCUCACUCUAACUCUGUGAGUGUGGAAUUGAAGAAUGCAUUUAAGGGGAGAGACAAAGACUGCAUACUGGUCUCCUUUGUAAGAUCUAGUGAAAAUCCAAUGAAUCGCAUUUCUUCCCUGCUUGGAGACUGGCACAAGAAUAAUGUGGCGCUAACACACGCAAAGGCUGGUUAUGUUGGAGAAGAUGUGGAGUCAAUAUUGUAUAAGCUUCUUACGUGUAUAUACAAUGAAUGGAGGGGUUUUAUCUAGCUUAUCGCAUUUCAAAUCAAUUGUGAAAA